AUGGCUGCGCUGAAGGCGGGGCGGGGUGCCGGCUGGAGCCUUCGGGCUUGGAGGGCUUUGGGGGGCACCUUUUGGGGGAAGGGCCCCCUGUUGACCCCAGACCUCCGGGCUCUACUGACGUCAGGAACUCGAACUCCUGACCCCCAGGCCCGGAUGACUUAUGGGACCCCCAAUCUCUCCGCCCGGGUGCCUGUACGGGUCCCUGCAUCACGGGCUUGUCUGAAGUCUGGGACCCCGGAUCUCUGGGAACGGCUGACUGUGGAGACUCCAGGCUACGGCGCCCAGCAGGCCUGCAGGAGCCUUGGAACCCGUUGGCGCGAAUGGCUGGCGACGGCGGUGGGAGCAGGGGGUGCGGUGCUGCUGCUGUUGUGGGGCUGGGGGCGCGGUCCUCCGGCGGAGAUGGCCGCUGUCCCUGCUCCGCCACCCACCUCUCCCCGGAGCCAGUACAAUUUCAUCGCAGAUGUGGUGGAGAAGACAGCCCCAGCUGUGGUCUAUAUAGAGAUCUUGGGCCGGCAUCCUUUCUCCGGCCGCGAAGUCCCCAUCUCAAACGGUUCUGGAUUCGUCGUGGCUUCAGAUGGGCUCAUCGUGACCAACGCCCACGUGGUGGCUGAUAGGCGCCGAGUGCGAGUGAGGCUGCCUAGCGGAGACACUUAUGAGGCCGUGGUCACAGCUGUGGAUCCCGUGGCUGACAUUGCCACGUUGAGGAUUCAAACCAAGGAGCCUCUUCCCACACUGCCCCUCGGCCGCUCUGCUGAUGUCCGCCAAGGGGAGUUUGUUGUUGCCAUGGGAAGUCCCUUUGCGCUGCAGAACACCAUCACAUCUGGCAUCGUCAGCUCUGCUCAGCGUCCAGCCCGGGACCUGGGACUCCCACAGACUAACGUGGAAUACAUUCAGACCGAUGCAGCUAUAGAUUUUGGGAAUUCUGGCGGCCCCCUGGUUAACCUGGAUGGGGAGGUGAUUGGAGUGAACACCAUGAAGGUGACAGCUGGAAUCUCCUUUGCCAUCCCUUCUGAUCGCCUUAGGGAGUUUCUACAUCGCGGGGAGAAGAAAAAUUCCUGGUUUGGAAUCAGUGGGUCCCAGCGCCGUUACAUUGGGGUGAUGAUGCUGACCCUGACUCCCAGCAUCCUUGCUGAACUACAGCUCCGAGAGCCAAGCUUUCCUGACGUUCAGCACGGUGUCCUCAUCCAUAAAGUUAUCCUGGGCUCCCCUGCACACAGGGCUGGUCUGCGGCCUGGUGACGUGAUCUUGGCCAUUGGAGAGCAGAUGGUACAAAAUGCUGAAGACGUGUAUGAGGCCGUUCGAACCCAAUCACAGCUGGCAGUGCGGAUCCGGCGGGGGUCGGAGACACUGACCUUAUAUGUGACGCCCGAGGUCACAGAAUGACUGGACUAGCAAGAGUACAAAGCUUUUGCCCUGAUUUCUUCCUUGCCUUCCCAGCCUAGGUUCUGCGUGUCCCUGGGCAGAGGAGUCAGUGGACCUGUGGAGGGCAGGUCCCUCUAACAACUGGCACCAGGCCUAGGCUCUGAAGAGCACAUUUUAUAUAAAAUAAAAUUAUACCUAGCAACAUGGUACAGCCAAAAAUGGGGGGCUGGGCCUUUUCCCCCACCAAAAGGCUAGAGGUAACUCGGUCCUUAGGAGAACUUAAGACAGUGAGAGCUGACCCUCCUGACUUCCCUAUUGAAGAGAACGAGCUGCUGCUGUCCUG